CGCGGCGCAAACGGCUAAUAUAAACCCUAGAAAAACCCUGUGCUCCUACUGCUCUAAUACAGACGCGGUACGCAGUUACAGAGCGAUAAGAACAACGAUAAGAUAACAGUAACAGUAAGAAGAAGAAGAGUGAGUAAGAAAAAUGCCUCUCGGAGAAAAAGCAGGAUGGCAAAAAAGCGAGUCACGGUACUGUGGAGUGGAAACAGAUUUCGACGAUAACAUGCCUCAGCUUCUCUUUUUCAAUCUCUCCGCCGACACCGGUGGCUUUGAUUUCGUCGUCGCUCCUCUGAUGAAUCCUACUUAUAGACCAAGCUUGAUGGCAAAAGACGAUGGUGCAACGCGUGUUCUUCCGUUUGCUGGGUCGGACUUGGUCUUGAGCCCCUCCCAAUGGAGCAGUCAUGUUGUUGGAAAAAUUAGUUCAUGGAUCGACCUAGAUUCAGAAGAUGAAACCAUUCGUAUGGACUCUGAAAUCACUCUAAAGCAAGAAAUAGCAUGGGCUAAUCAUCUUUCCCUACAGGCAUGCCUUCUUCCUAGUCCUAAGGGUGUAUCGUUUGCUAAUUAUGCAAGAUGUGUAAAUCAAAUUUUACAGGGGGUAAACAGUAUGCAGUUGUGGCUAAGGAUUCCACUCUUCAAGGCUGAAGAGGAUUCUACAGAUAUAAGCUGUGCUAGUUUGAUUGAUUCAUGGGAACAAUGGAAUGCAUUUCGCAUGCUUUGUGAACAUCACAGUCAGUUAGCUGUUGCACUUGAUGUUUUGGGUUCUUUACCAUCGGCAAACUCACUUGGUCGUUGGUUUGGAGAAUCUGUUAGAGCAGCCAUAGUAAAUACUGAUGCUUUUCUAACAAAUACACGAGGUUAUCCAUGCCUCUCGAAGCGCCACCAAAAGCUCAUUACUGGGUUCCUUAAUCAUUCAGUACAGAUUGUUAUCUCUGGAAAAUCCCUACAUAAUGCCACAAGGCUAAGCUCAGAUCUAGCUGCUGAUAAUUUGGAUAAAAAUACUGAAACAGUGCCAAGGCAUCCACUAAGGCCGUAUUUAGAUUAUGUUGGUUAUCUCUUCCAAAAGAUGGACCCCCUUCCUGAGCAAGAACGGUUUGAGCUUGGAUACAGGGAUUUUCUACAGUCUCCAUUGCAACCACUCAUGGAUAAUCUAGAAGCCCAAACAUAUGAGACAUUUGAGAAAGACUCGGUGAAGUACAUUCAGUACCAAAGGGCAAUAAGUAAAGCUUUGCUGGAUAGGGUCUCCAAUGAAGAAAACGUUACCACUGUACUGAUGGUAGUAGGAGCUGGACGUGGACCUCUUGUUAGGGCAUCUGUGCAGGCAGCCGAAGAAACGGGGCACAAGCUAAAAGUGUAUGCAGUGGAGAAGAACCCAAAUGCAGUGGUUACACUUCAUAGUUUGGUUAAGCUGGAGGGGUGGGAAGACUUGGUUACCAUAAUUUCUUGUGAUAUGCGUUACUGGGAUGCUCCUGAGAAAGCUGAUAUAUUGGUUAGUGAAUUGCUUGGCUCAUUUGGUGACAAUGAGCUCUCACCUGAAUGCCUUGAUGGUGCCCAAAGAUUUUUGAAAGAGGAUGGAAUCUCAAUACCAUCAUCGUACACAAGUUUUAUCCAACCUGUGACAGCUUCAAAACUGUAUAAUGAUGUUAAGUCACACAAAGAUCUUGUGCACUUUGAGACUGCGUAUGUUGUCAAACUGCAUAAUGUGGCAACGCUUGCUCCUUCUCAACCUGUCUUUACAUUUACUCAUCCAAAUUACACUCCUAACAAAAGCAAUCAACGCUACAAAAAGCUGCAGUUUGAGAUAACAAAUGACACUGGCUCAGCCAUGGUGCAUGGAUUUGCUGGCUAUUUUGAUGCAAAGCUUUAUAAAGACGUACAUCUUGGUAUUGAGCCAACAACAGCAACACCAAAUAUGUUCAGCUGGUUUGCAAUAUUUUUCCCACUAAGGACACCGAUUUGCAUACGACCUGGUUCUCCUUUAGAAGUACAUUUUUGGCGUUGUUGCGGUCCUCAGAAGGUUUGGUAUGAGUGGUGUGUGACAUCCCCCAGCUCAUCAGCAGUACACAACAGCAAUGGACGUUCAUAUUGGGUUGGUCUUUAGUCUCUUAGCAAUUUUUGCAUGUUGUCUCGGGCAUAAAGAGUGGUUAUGGAGCAACAGCAGGCAGAGUAAAGGAAGUGUUUUUGAUGUUUGACCCUCUAUGUCUUGAUUUGGAGAGGAAGUAGAGUACAUUAUGUACAAGUUACGGCUUUGAAUUGUAUAUGAUGAAAACGAGUGUUCUUGUCAUCCAAAUAGUUCGAGUUAUGUAAUUCAUGUAUUGGCUGUAGUCGAUUGUUUGCGAGUCAAUAGAGCUUCCAGAUUUUGUUGCUGUAGAAUGGGUUUCCUGUUGGCAAGGAUCGGCUUUGUAUUUUAUACAAGCUAACAGAACUUCGAAUUGUCUACAUGUUGAAGUGAGUGAAUGGGAUGUGUAAUCAUGGAAA